AUGAAGGGGACGACACUUCUUCCAAUCUUGCUAGUGGUUGGCACACAUGCCUGGAUGCCAGAAGAUCGCGAGCUUCAGUCCUUUAACCAAACCUCCAAUUCUUUGCAUGAGCGGGCACAGUCCCUGCCUACAUGGAAGAUUCGUGGAGUCAAUCUGGGCGGCUGGCUGGUUUCGGAGCCGUGGAUGAUGCCAGACGAAUGGAACACCAUGGGAUGUAGCAGCGAACAGUGUUCUGAAUUUGACUGCGUCAAUAAACUCGGCCAGUCACAAGCAGAUUCGGCUUUCAAUGCUCAUUAUGCUCGUUGGAUUACUCCUUCCAUGGUCCAGGACAUGCACAACGCCGGUCUCAACACGAUUCGCAUUCCCAUCGGGUACUGGAGUCUCAGAAGUAUUGUGGACAGCAGCGAACACUUUCCAAACAUGAACCUACAAUAUCUGGAUGCGGUCAUCCAGAAGGCAGCAGACCUUGGCAUGUUCGUUGUCAUUGAUCUACACGGUGCACCUGGUGCUCAGAAAGUAGGCGAUGCCUUCACAGGACAGUGCCUUACAACGCAAUGGCUACCUGGGUUCUACACACAGCGAAACUAUGACCGCGCUACCAAGUGGCUCGACUGGAUGACGCGGCGCAUCCACAACACGCCAUCAUACAAAGCGGCAGUUGGCAUAAUCGAAGUUGUCAAUGAGCCGCAGACUGACAACGACCCAAACCCCAGAACCCAGCAACAGAAAGACACCUUGACACAGAAGUACUACCCCCAGGCGCUUGCAGCAGUCCGAAAUGCCGAGAAUGCUCUCAACAUACCGACAGACCAGCGGCUGCACGUGCAGUUCAUGGACAACUUGUGGGGGGGCGGCGAUCCAAAGUCCAAUCUACCAAACGACGGGAACGUUAUGUUUGAUGACCACAACUACGUUGGAGGUGCGGUAGACUUUCGUCAUCCCAAUGGCGCUGCGAAGCAGGCCGACUACAUGUGGUACACGUGCUUUCUGGACAACAGAUUGAGCGAUGGCAACACCCCGAAGAUCGUCCAAGAGUGGAGUCUCACGGUCACAUCCAAGUAUGAAACAAGCAGCGAAUUCGACUGGAAAAACCCAUCCAACGUACCUUUCUACAAACAGUGGUUCACUGCACAACAGAGGCUGUACGAGCAGACAAAUGGCUGGAUCUUCUGGUCAUGGAGAACUCAAAUCAACAACCCGCGCUGGGACUACAGCUACAUGUUGAAUCAGAAUUGGAUUCCGAAUUCUGCGGCUAGUCUUGAUGCCAACAGAAAUGUAGAUGUUUGCAAGAACUACUUUGGCACGUCAGAUGGGCGAUAA